AAAAAAAAAUGUGUAGGAAUAAAAGUGAGUUGCCAUAUAUAUCUCCACGUUUUACUCCCAUUAUGGCAUGUUAAGGAAUUAUAACCGACUCAUUAAUCAUUAUGGGAUGGGAUAGUAGUAUAUACAACUGUAAUUCUUUCCCCCUCUUCAUGCUUCCAUGUCUUCCUCCUUUAAUUCCUUUUUCAAAUUCAAAAAAGUCCCAUAAUUCCCUCUCCUUAACAUUCUCCCCUUAGCUCUCUUCAAGGAAAAAAAAUCAAACUACCCCUUGUCUUGCUCUUUUGAUACUUGCAUCAGAAUGAGCAGUCCAUACACAGUAACCAGGCUUGUGAGAUGGCGCAUUAGAGAUUGGGUAUCUUGUUUCUAUGCUUGCAGGUUCCCCUUAGAGGAAGAAAAAGAUAAAUUUUGCUCAAUGACGCCUGAAAAACCGAGUAGGAAAAUGAUUUUUGACCCAAUGGGUGAUAGCAGAAAGAACAGAAAGAAGAAGUUGAACAAGAAAAUGGAACACAGAAAAAAAGAAACAGUGAAAGUUUCGGCAGAGAAGGCUGAAGAAGGAGAAAAGGACUCGAAUUGGCCUCGGUUCUCAGAAGAGGAUUAUAUUGUGUUUUGCUUCGAAGAAGAUGGAGGAAUACAUAUAGUGGAAGAUAGAAAGUCGGAAGCAUUUCACCAGAAAAUUGAUCAUGCUAACUUAACUUCAAAGCCUGUGUGUAGGAAGCUUAAGUAUGUAGAGAAUGUACCAGAGGUACUUCCUCAAAGUAAACACGACAUGGUCAGUGUAGAUGGAGAAAACAGCUAUGAGUCAGCUGAAGAACAGAUUCCUGUUUCAGAAGAUAAGAGUGAGGGAAAAGGGAGCGACGAUAUGGAAGACGAAUGGCCACCGGCUGUGAUUAAAGAGAUUAGUCACAUAGGUGAGGUUAGUGAAAGCAAAACAACUCCAUCUGCGGAAUCAAGUGACUCUAAUUACUCCAAUGGUAGCACUGGUUCCUUUGCCUUCCCUGUGUUGGGCUGGGAAUGGAUGGGCAGUCCAGCUCAAAUGCCAAAACCUGAAGAAGAAGAAGGCCCACGUUUUGGGAAGCAUAAGGCUUGGAGCAGCGUUCGUCAUCACUGUUGCAAAUUUUGAUACAUUCUCCUCCCACUUGUUUCCCCUAGGA